UCAGGAAGUUCAAACAUUCACGUGCUCACGUACUACACAUCUCUCGUGACAACGUCAUCCUCUUGUACUCCAAUGUAAAUAAACGGAUUGGGGUAUACUUCGCACAAAAUGGGCCACCAGCAGUGGUUCUCUGUCAUCAUUUUUGCUGCUGUGACGUUGCAGUUUGCAUAUUGUGACGUUGUGGUUACCACCAAGCACGGAAAGAUCCGGGGCAUCACCAGCACUAAAACCAACACUUUCCUGGGAGUACCCUAUGCAGCGCCACCUGUAGGGAAAUUAAGAUGGAAGAACCCGGUUCCUGCAGCUACUUGGUCUCCAAAGGUCUACGAUGCGACCAAGGUCAAGCCAGGUUGUCCGCAAAAAGGCUGCGAGACCAUGAACCCGGUCCUCGUCUGUCCGAAACAGACUGCAGAAGAUUGUCUCUACCUGUACAUAUGGACACCAUUGAGUGCUAACGCUACUACGUCAUUUCCUGUGAUGUUGUACAUCCAUGGCGGGAAUUUUGUUCACAUGAGUGCCGACUCGCUCUUGUUUGAUGCAGAAGAAUUGGCAUACAGAGGCCAAGUCAUCGUGGUUACCAUGGACUAUAGAUUAGGAGCACUCGGAUUCUUGCUGACAAAAGACAAACGAGCCACCAGUAACUUCGCUAUACUGGACCAGAGACAAGCCUUGGUCUGGAUCAAGGAAAACAUAAAGGCUUUCGGUGGAAAUCCGAAUAUGGUCACCCUGUUUGGUCAGAGUGCGGGAGCACAGUCUACAAUCGUCCAUUUGAUGUCCAAUGAGAGUUCUCAGUACUUCCACAGAGCAAUAGUGGAGAGUGCCCCACUGACUAUACCAUUCAAAACAGAAGAAGAGAUGCUGUUUAUCAGCAACAUGCUGUUUGAUCAGUUGAACUGUUCCACUAAGGAUAUUGAUUGUUUGAAUAAGUACAGUGCCGAUGACAUUGCUGAAGCACAACUGCUCAUCCGCAAGUACCCUUCUUCAAUAAAGUUGCUGGAAUUUUUCGAGCCGUGGGUUCCAUAUGUUGAUGGCGUUGUUGUUCCAUCACAGCCUUUAGAAGCCUUCCGAAAGGGCUUUGUCAUAAAUAAACCAUUGAUGAUGGGAACUUUAACAGAGGAAACUCGGAUAUUUAUUUACGAAGCUUACAAUCAGUCUCUGUCAGCUCUGGAGUAUGGCCUCGCUCUGUCGUUGACGUUCCCUCGGGAUAUAUUAAACGUUUUGGAGAUGUAUCCUCCAACGGUGUCUCCAGAUCAAAGAGACCAACUUCAGGUUCCCGCCACAGAUUUCAUCUUCACCUGCGGCACCAGAAACUUCACACAAAACGUCAUAAAACAAAAUGGCGGACGCGUAUGGACAUAUGUAUAUGACCACGCCUUCUCCUUCCCGGGUUGGGGUAAAUUUACAUUUUGUGAUGGGCAUGUUUGUCACGGCUCAGAAAUUCCGUUCGUUUUUCAGUCAACCAAACUUGGGAAUUUUACUAUAACGCCUGCCGAAUUGAAGUUAUCGGAUUCUUUGAUAUCUUAUUGGUCAAAUUUUGCCAAGACAGGAGAUCCCAACCGAGGAACGCCGGUGGCCCUUGAAUGGCUGCAGUAUAAGUCUGACUCAUUGUGGCCUCAGAUGUUUUUUGCAACCCCGUCAAAUUCUGUGAAAAGCUCCUACCGGAAGGAGUAUUGCGACUUCUGGGAUUCCAUAGGCUACACGCCUAUUUAAAUGAUUUAAUUAUCUAUACUAAAACGCUUACUAAAUACAGAAUGUAACUAAUAUGUUUUUCAUUGAAAACCAUUGCACAUGUAUUGAUUUUAUUCACACUAUCGCAAUAAACAAGUUUUAAUUUCA